AUGAUGAAAUCCUUCCUUUUGCCGCUGCUCUGCGUUGCGGCUACGUCCGCAUUGGGGAUUCCUUCCAAGGAUCUCCUGGUGGGAGAGAGUGAACUGGACAAGAGAAACCCGGUUGCGAUUAUCAUGGGAAUGACCAUGAUUGGGGCUUCCGGGAACUCGGCGGCACAGGUGGUGAACAUGAACUUCGACGACAGCCUGCCUUUUAACGAGGGUUCGGGGAACUGCCGGAUGUUCAUUUCUACUCAAGGAGGGGUAAAUUGCGAUGUGGAAACCACCCCUGACUCCCGAGCAGGAGUUGGGACGGACACGACUAAGCAUGACGGAGACUGGAACGUCUGCUGGUGGGACGAUGAAAAGAAGAUUUCUGGACGGCAGUACUUCACUGACCCAGGCAUUGGCAAAUACAGCAUCGUCUUCACUGCCCGGGAUAGUGACAAUGUGAACGAGGAUAUCGAAGGGGCCGAAGGCUGCGAAGGAGAGGGCAUGUGCCAUCCUCAAGUCACUUUCUACCGCGAUGGAUAUGAUCUUGUGCUGAACACUUGGGAGUCCGUGUAUCAGGGUUCCGUCUCGCCUGAUGGUGUUGGGCUGUGCCAGGGUGGUGUCCUGGAUCAAUUCCACAAGGGCGGUAUGGUGCUUGGAUAUACGUGUGCUGUGCCUUGCGAGGGCGAUAAGGGUAUUCCCAGUGAUAAAUCUUGA